GGCCGGGAUUGGGCGCGGGGCGGGGCUGCGGAGGGAUCGCCGCAACUGGGCUCCGGGAUAACCUUGAGGCCGAGGAAACGGAUUCUCCCACUCGAGCUACGCUCCCGAUCGUCUCGCUUCUCCCCUUGUGCAGCCGAGGAUCCCAGCAACCAUGCCGAAGCCUCACAGCGAAGCCGGGACCGCCUUCAUUCAGACCCAGCAGUUGCACGCAGCCAUGGCGGACACGUUCCUGGAGCACAUGUGCCGCCUGGACAUUGACUCGGCCCCCAUCACUGCCAGGAACACCGGCAUCAUCUGCACUAUCGGCCCUGCUUCCCGAUCCGUGGAGAUGUUGAAGGAGAUGAUUAAGUCUGGAAUGAAUGUGGCUCGUCUGAACUUCUCUCAUGGAUCUCAUGAGUACCAUGCAGAAACCAUCAAGAAUGUACGCACGGCCACAGAAAGCUUUGCAUCGGACCCCAUUCUCUACCGGCCAGUGGCUGUGGCUCUAGACACUAAGGGGCCUGAGAUCCGGACCGGGCUCAUCAAAGGCAGCGGCACCGCGGAGGUGGAGCUGAAGAAGGGAGCCACCCUGAAGAUCACGCUGGAUAACGCCUACAUGGAGAAGUGUGACGAGAACAUCCUAUGGCUGGACUACAAGAAUAUUUGCAAGGUGGUGGAGGUGGGCAGCAAGAUCUACGUGGAUGAUGGGCUCAUUUCACUGCAGGUGAAGGAGAAAGGUGCUGACUUCCUGGUGACCGAAGUAGAAAAUGGCGGCUCCCUGGGCAGCAAAAAGGGCGUGAACCUUCCAGGGGCCGCUGUGGACCUGCCCGCUGUUUCGGAAAAGGACAUCCAGGAUCUGAAGUUUGGGGUGGAGCAGGAUGUGGACAUGGUGUUCGCGUCUUUCAUCCGCAAGGCGGCUGAUGUGCAUGAAGUGAGGAAGGUCCUGGGGGAGAAAGGGAAGAAUAUCAAGAUCAUCAGCAAGAUCGAGAACCACGAGGGAGUCCGCAGGUUUGACGAGAUCCUGGAGGCCAGCGAUGGGAUCAUGGUGGCUCGAGGUGAUCUGGGCAUCGAGAUUCCCGCAGAGAAAGUCUUCCUCGCUCAGAAGAUGAUGAUCGGGCGAUGCAACCGAGCUGGCAAGCCCGUCAUCUGCGCCACACAGAUGCUGGAAAGUAUGAUCAAGAAGCCCCGCCCCACCCGGGCCGAGGGCAGCGACGUGGCUAACGCCGUCCUGGAUGGAGCUGACUGCAUCAUGCUGUCCGGAGAAACAGCCAAAGGGGACUACCCUCUGGAGGCUGUCCGCAUGCAGCACCUGAUUGCCCGCGAGGCAGAGGCUGCCAUCUAUCACUUGCAAUUGUUUGAGGAGCUCCGCCGCCUGGCGCCCAUUACCAGCGACCCCACAGAAGCUGCCGCCGUGGGCGCCGUGGAGGCCUCCUUCAAGUGCUGCAGUGGGGCCAUUAUCGUCCUCACCAAGUCUGGCAGGAGUGCUCACCAGGUAGCCAGAUACCGCCCACGCGCCCCCAUCAUUGCUGUGACGCGCAACCCUCAGACAGCCCGCCAGGCCCAUCUGUACCGGGGCAUCUUCCCCGUGCUGUGUAAGGACGCCGUCCAGGAUGCCUGGGCUGAGGAUGUAGACCUCCGAGUGAACCUGGCCAUGAAUGUUGGCAAGGCUCGGGGCUUCUUCAAGACUGGAGAUGUGGUGAUCGUACUGACUGGGUGGCGCCCUGGCUCUGGUUUCACCAACACCAUGCGUGUAGUGCCUGUGCCGUGAUGGUCCCCCGGAGCCCUUCAGUCCCUCCCCACCCCCUGCCCCCAACCCGUCCAUUAGGCCAGCAGUGCUUGUAGUGCUCACUCCAGGCUGUAGUGUGGCGCUGGUGGGCUGGAACACCAGGGAAGAUUAAUCCCUGCGUGGGACACGGCCGUGGUUAGAUCCGUGCUCGUGCAGGGCUUAAUGCAGAGCCUGUCUGUCCUGUGUUGGCCCUAACCCAAGCCAGGAAUGGAAGAACACAGGACUGGAGUUCCCCAGAGUUUUUCACAAGAGGACAACAUGUUUGUGUGCUAUGUUCAGUUCCUGUAAAAUGUGCUUGCCUUGAGAGCACCCUGCCCUGCCCCCAGCCUGGUCAACAUAGCCAGAGUUAGGGGCCUUAGGGCAAGGGGCUGGGCUUCCGGCGCAGGCAGACUUUAGCCCUGGCCCUUACUAGCUCCCCCAACCUCCUUGGUCUCCCCCACUUGUGCGCUCUGCUCUUCUGUUCCUGUACUCCACUCAGCUGUCGCUGCAGAUGAACACUCCACCUUCCAUUUUCCCCAUGACUGCAGCCGUCUACAGGCCUGUUGCUAUGGAGCCUACCUGUAUGUCAAUAAAUAACAGCUGAAGCA